ACUGUUUGAUCUGCCCCUCCUCUUCUUUCGGGAUUCCUUCCUUCUGCUUGGCUCAUCAUGGGAGGAUGUUUUUCCAAACCCAAACCAGUUGAAGUAAAAAUUGAAGUAGUGCUGCCAGAGAAAGAGAGAGCCAAAGAGGAGAUGUCACCCAAUGGGAAAGCCAGCCCUAUCAUCUACAAAGCCAAUGGGACUUCCCGGCAUUAUCAACUGGAGGAGCACCCCAUUGCCAUGAACCCAUACCGGAACCUGAAGGAUGUUGUUGAAGCCUCAGUUUGCCACGUAAAGGACCUUGACAAUGGGCAGAUGCGAGAAGUAGAUUUGGGCUGUGGGAAGGCCUUGCUGGUCAAAGAGAAUGGGGAAUUUUAUGCCUUGGGCCACAAAUGUCCUCACUAUGGUGCCCCUCUGGUGAAAGGGGUGUUGUCCAAAGGACGAGUACGUUGCCCCUGGCAUGGGGCUUGCUUUAACAUUGGCACGGGGGAUAUAGAAGACUUUCCUGGCCUGGACAGUUUGCCAAAGUUUCAGGUAAAAGUUGAGAAAGAGAAAGUCUACAUUCGAGCAAGCAAACAGGCUCUUCAGACGCAAAGACGGACCAAAGUGAUGGCCAAGUGCAUCUCCUUGAGCAACUAUAACAUCAGCAGCACAAAUGUACUCAUCAUAGGGGCAGGCCCUGCUGGAUUGGUAUGUGCUGAAACAUUACGGCAAGAAGGUUUCUCAGACAGGAUUGUAAUGUGCACAAUGGACAGAAACUUGCCCUAUGACAGGCCCAAACUAAGUAAGUCAAUGGAUUGCCACCCAGAUCAGAUUGCUUUGAGACCUAAAGAAUUCUUCCGUAUGUAUGACAUCGAGGUCCUAACAGAAAUGCAGGUUGUGGCUAUAGAUAUCAAGAACAAGACCGCAGUCUUCAAGGAUGGAUUUAAGAUGGAAUAUAACAAACUGUUGCUGGCCACCGGAAGCACGCCGAAGACCCUUAGCUGUAAAGGUAAAGAAGUGGAAAAUGUUUUUAAUAUCUCAACGGUGGAAGAUGCCAAUCGAGUGGUAAAGUUGGCCACCAGCAAAAAUGCGGUCGUUGUGGGUGCCUCUUUCCUAGGGAUGGAGGUCGCAGCCUACCUGACUGAGAAGGCCCAUUCUGUCUCGGUGGUAGAGCUAGAAGAAAUCCCCUUCAAGAAGUUCUUUGGGGAGAAAAUUGGGCGAGCCAUCCUGAAAAUGUUUGAAAACAACCGGGUGAAAUUCUACAUGCAGACUGAAGUAUCGGAACUGAGGGAACAGGAUGGCAAGCUAAAGGAAGUUGUGCUGAAGAGCGGCAAGAUUCUCCGUGCUGAUGUCUGUGUCAUAGGCAUCGGUGCGACUCCCGCAACAGGCUUCCUGAAGCAGAGUGGCAUUAACAUGGAUUCCAAAGGCUUCAUUGUUGUGAAUAAGAUGAUGCAGACUAACUUUCCAGGCAUUUUUGCAGCUGGUGAUGCUGUUGCGUUUCCACUGGCCUUGCGGAAUAACAAGAAGGUGAACAUCCCUCAUUGGCAGAUGGCCCAUAUGCAGGGACGUAUAGCGGCUCUAAACAUGUUGGCCCAUGGGACAGAAAUCAGCACAGUCCCAUGCCUGUGGACAGCAAUGUUUGGCAAAAGCAUCCGCUACACCGGCCAUGGAGAAGGAUUCGAUGAUGUGGUCAUUCGAGGAGACUUAGAUGAACUGAAAUUUGUGGCUUUUUACACCAAGAAUGAGGAGGUGGUUGCUGUGGCAAGUAUGAACUAUGACCCGAUUGUCUCCAAGGUGGCUGAUGUCAUGGGAGCUGGAAGAGCUAUCAGGAAAAGAGACGUGGAGACUGGAGACAUGUCCUGGCUAACAGUGAAAGGCUUAUAAUGGCCCUGUGAAAUGCUGGUUCUCUACCGACUCUACAGUAGCCAGCGGGGAGAUGCAUGCCACACAC